AUGACCAGCAGGCUCCCACCCCUCCUCCUCGUUGCCUGCAUCCUCUCCUCCUCAUCGGCCGCUGGUCAGUCGCUCAACAGCACAGUGGGAGUGCUGUCGCCGGUGCUGGUCAAGACGUACGGGUCUGUGCCUCUCCUGGCGUUCAAGCAGGUCUCCAUGGCCUGCCUCAUCGCGCUCUAUCACGUCAACACUCGAGACCCUCAGAUCGUCGGCCAAGCCGUCGUCGACCGCCUGCCCCAGGGCUUCCGCAUCGACGUGAAGUUCAAAGACUCGCAGUUCGACGCAGCAGAGGCGCUCAAGGAAGUCUUGGCGUGGAGAGAGUCGUCGAGCAUCGAUGCGAUAGUGGGCCCGAUGACCUCGGACGGGUCGCAGGUCGUGAGCCUUGUGUCUGCUCUGCAGGGGACGCCGGUGACGAGCUUCGGGGCCUCUUCCACGCUUCUCUCGGACAAGCAGACGUACCCGCUCUUCUCGCGAACCAACCCUCUCAUCAUGCUGAAUGCCAUGGCGCUCAUCGGGGUAUGCCUGCGGUUCAAGUGGAAGCAGAUCGCGGUCCUGUGUGAGGACACAACCUACGGCAACGGCUUCCUGUCAAAUGUGCAGGAACAAGCCUCGUCCAAGGGCGUCGACUUGGUUCAAGUACAGAAGUUUGUGCCAGAAGGCUCCAAGUCCAUUGCUGCAGCCAUGAGCUCCCUGCAGAAGAGCCGCGCCAAGAUCUUCCUCUACCUCGGCAUCGGCGUACCCAACCUGGAGCUGGUGCUGACCUAUUCCAACAAGGAGGGGCUCUUGCAGGACGGACACGCGUGGGUGGCGGGGGAGAUAGGAGUGCCGAGUGCGGUGGUGGCAUCCAUGCAGCACAAGCAGCUGGCGGCGCUUCUCAAGGGCUGGAUACAGAUUCGCGUCGCUCCUUUGUACGGGAAGAAGCGAGACCUCCUUGAGACCGCUUUCAGGACGGUCGACCAGUCCAAGGUGAACAACUCCAUCAUCGGCAUGAAGCCCGCGGAGUACUCCAUGCCCUUGCCCGACUAUGCCUCCUUCGCUUACGAUGCCGCGUGGGCCACUGCGCUGGGGCUGGCCAAGACCAACGGCACGGGGGCGGCGCUUGCUCAUGCGAUCAGAAACUCCUCGUUCCCCGGGGCCUCGGGACUGGUGUCCUUCGACGCGUCGGGAGAUCGAGAGCCCAACGGGAUCGUCGUGACUAUCGAGAACAUCCAGCCGUCCUCAGCGAACGCGUCCGUGAUAGAGUCCGUCGUCAUCGGUACGUGGGAGGCCGCCCAGGCCUUCGCCGACGUUAGCGGACUGACUCCGCUGUGGCCUGGCGGAAGAAGCGGCUGGAAUCCGCCCAGUGACGGGUCGGGUCAAGGUCGUGACAAGCUGCUGACGAUCGUGCUGGCAGUCAGCGGAGGCUUCCUGGUACUUCUGCUGGCGAUCUCGGCGGCGUUCUACCGGCUUUACAAGGCGUCGCUCAGAAACAGAACGGCAGAGGAGACAGACUUGUCAAACAUGAUGAGUCGAGUCCGAGAAGCCUUGGGAGUCACCGUGAGCGCAGGGUACAUCUUGCCGAGCGAGAAGUCGUCUUCCAUCUUCAGCUGCUACCGGAGGUCGAGGGUCAUCGUCAUGGACAAGCGAAGCGUAGAGGCUGUGGCCAAGCUUGCGCUGGGCGAUGACUUUGCCAAGAACGACUUCGAGCGCUUCUACGACUUUGUCAAGUACAGAGCAGAUGUCGUUGCGGGCAGGUCGUUCGGAAUGAUAGCGGACGAGGAGUCCAUGAAGGCGGAGACGGACGCGCUAGACCUCGAGGCGCAGCAGGGGGGGGAGGAGAUGACCGAGAUGAUGCAGCGACUGCACAGCCUCAUCCUCAUGGUGUGUCUUCGGAUCCUGAGCCCCUCGAGCUCGAGGAGCGAAGAGGAAGGCAGCGACAUGCUGUCGGUGGGGUGGAAGGCUCGCAUGCUGCAGUCUCGAGAGAGCCUUGGAGAUGUGUUGAUGGCAGAGACAACGCACAGCUUGUACGAGGAUGAAGCUUUCACCCAGUACCUGAGCGGAGACUUCGAGCGAGCAUAUGAAUACUUCACCGGGCGUGUGCUGCGACUCAACGCUUGGCGAGACAACCCGCAGCUCCUGCCUCGCUUGAAGAAGCACAUCCAGCGGCUCAUGGACAAGCUCGCCCGCAUCAACGACAGAAGGUAUGAGUCCAUGAUGAAGGAAGCAGGAGGAGCUGAGCUCAAGGAGGUCGGGCAAGGCUUCGUCGACGCCUUGUUCUACCAGGAUGACCAUCAGGUGCGAGCGAUCAGAGUGGAGGAGGAAGACAGGAAGGAGUCCAGCCUGCACAAGAAACUAGAGACGUGGAGGCGGCUGAGCACGGGGAGCCUGAUGCUACGAGAGGAUGUCUUCAUAUCGCAACUCCACAGCCGUGCGGUGCUGCUCAACGACUCGUUCCAUAGCAAGCUAGUCGACGUCCUCAAGGCGCAUGCGGCCGAGUGUGAAGUCGAGAGACCCGCUGGAAGAGCCGCAGGCCAGGGGGCGAAGGGGGUCAGGAUCGCCUGCCAUUUCGAUGACGGAGUGCAUCCGAUCGAGUUCGUACCUGCUGCGGUGAAGAAGAAGCCGAGGAUGGCUGAGAAGGUGAUGGAAUAUGCGGCGGCGGAGGAGGAGGAUGCUGGCUGGCCUUACAGCCGUCGCGUUCUUGACCCGGUGCGAGCAAGCGUCAUCUGCAACCGCCCGAGCCACAUGGCGCAAGUGUAUCGCUGGCUGACGUCGCAAGGCAAGACCGGCAUGCGCGUGUGCCGGGUGAAGAACAAGCUGAGCCUCGAGGAGGCGCCCGACGGGUACCGAGACAUCAUGGUGUGCCUGCUGUUUGAAGGCGAAGGUGGCUUGAACAUUAUCGGAGAAGUACAGAUCCACGACAGGAAGAUCUACGAGUGUAAGGUGAAGAUGCACAAGCUCUACCGGAUCAAACGAGCUGAGAGCAUCCAGAGCAUCAUGGGUCAUUCUGCGUGA